CAUUUUCUAUUUUCUAUUUCCGCUGUUUCCAACUUUUUUUGUUUCAACAGGGGUUGAAGUUUCGUUUUUUUUUUCUUUCCCUCUUUCAGAUCUAGGGCCAAAUCCGCUUCCCUCGACUAGCCGUUAAACCCAACCUCCCAUUACCUUCCCUGCUCUUCACCUCCUUCUUGGUUCCAGUAGUUAGUUUAUCGGAUUGAUUCCUUUUUUUUUGUGGGUUUUCUUAGUUCUCACUGACCAGAGAUGUCGGCUGUGGAAACGGAUAAAAAGCCGGAGGAGGAAAAAACGACGGUGAAGGUGGGUGGAGAGUUGUUGUUCUGUGGAGCAACCAACUGGGAUUCUAUCGGCCGUCGAGGAGCUCCGGUUGAAUCAAACUUGGUCUCCCCAACUCGCUUGCGUCCACUCGUUGGCAUCGACAUUUGUUUCGUUGCUUCGGGUUGCACUUCUUGUCAUUGUGUGGCGUUAGAUGUUGAAGGUCGCUGCUAUACUUGGGGUCGGAAUGAGAAGGGACAGCUGGGACAUGGAGAUUACCUUCAGCGCGAUAGGCCUACAGUCGUGUCGGACCUAUUGAAACACAAAAUCAUUAGAGCAGGUGCUGGUAGGGGCCAUGUCGUGGUUGUAACUGAAGAUGGCAACUCCUUCUCUUUUGGAUGGAACAAGCAUGGGCAGUUGGGUUCUGGUUCAGUAAAGAAUGAAUUUGAGCUAUCCCCAGUCCGCUGUCUGGUUUCUGAUGUCACAAAUGCUGUUUGUGGGGCUGACUUUACUGUGUGGCUAUCUUCUGUUGAAGGAUCGUCGAUAUUAACUGCUGGUCUUCCACAAUAUGGUCAACUUGGACAUGGAACAGACAAUGAGUACAAUACUAAAGAAAGUUCAGUGAGACUUGCUUAUGAGCCCCAGCCUCGCCCGAAAGCUAUAGCUUCGCUUGCUGGAGACACUAUUGUAAAAGUUGCAUGUGGCACAAAUCAUACAGUUGCUGUGGACUCAAAAGGCUUCGUUUAUACGUGGGGAUUUGGUGGCUAUGGAAGGCUUGGACAUAGAGAGCAGAAGGAUGAAUGGGUUCCUCGUCGCGUUGAAGUCUUUUCAAGAAACAAUGUUCUACCUCCUAAUGCCUUGGUUUCAGCUGGUUCUGUUAAUUCUGCAUGCACUGCUGGUGGAGGGCAGUUGUAUAUGUGGGGCAAGAUAAAGACUACAGGCGAUGAUUGGAUGUAUCCAAAGCCUCUAAUGGAUUUAAGUGGCUGGAAUAUACGUUGCAUUGAUUCAGGCUCCAUGCACCAUUUCUGUGGUGCUGACGAUUCAUGUAUAAGUUGGGGACAUGCUGUGUAUGGUGAGCUUGGAUAUGGCCCUGAUGGACAAAAGUCUUCUUCGAUUCCCAAAAAGGUUGAUAUAUUAGAGGGUAUGCAUGUUAUCAGUGUCGCUUGUGGUUUGGGCCUUUCUAUGAUUGUUGUUGAUAGGACAAAUGUUGGUGACCGACUUGACCAGCUCAAUAUUUAUGAUGGCAAAGCUUCUGCUGAAGUUGGUGAAGAACCUGAGAGCAAAAAUUCUGCAGUCAAGAGAACUGGGGUAAGGAAUGCUGCUAAGGAGUCUGCUAACUCAAAGAAAAAGAAGAAGCCUUUGGAAUCUGACUCCGAAGACGAAGAGAAACAUGGUGAUGAAGAUGAAGAUGAAGAUGAUGAUGAUGAUGAUGAUAGUGAAGAGGAUGCUAAUGGCCAGCAAGAAGACAAGAAGCAACGCGGUGGUAAAUCAUCUGGUAGAGGUCGAGGUAGGGGUGCAAAAAAACUUCCAAUAGAGGAGAAGAAAAAGUCAGGGCGUGGUCGGGGGAGGGGAAAAGCAGGAAAGAGAGGAAGACCCAGCAAGUGAUAGGUUUCUUCUAAUAUCCCAACCAGAAUUUUGUUCAGAAAACUGUAUUAUUUUUCAUUGCUACUAUUUGAUUGCUGGUUUCCUUUCAAUGAGUCUAAUUUUAUUGUGUUUGUCAUUGACAAUACUAUUGAACUAACAAUUGGGAUUUAACCCAAUUCCGAUGGAAGAAUGGAUGGAGCAAAAGCUCUCACAGAUGUAACCUUAUACCUAUUUCUCAAUAUCAUUGGCCAUUUUUCUCA